AUGAACACGCUCCCUGACGAGAUUCUGGAGCGGAUCCUGAUGCACCUACAUCCGCUCGAUCGACUCCAAUGCGCCUUGACAUGUCGUCGAUGGGCAGAACUUGGAUCGACCCAUCGGCUGCUGAAGGAUGUGGCGUUCGUUGUUCCGUACAACAACGUCGGAGGAGCCAGGAGCGCGCUGGUGAAAAGCCAGCGUCGCUACACGAACCUACAGAUUGGCUCUCGAAGAUAUCAGCCCGGAAAUAUUAGGCUGGUCGACUUCGACUCAGGAUUCUGGGUCGAAGUCGGCAGAAACCUCCGCUCGCUGGAUAUCCGCCGUUGCGAUGUGGAACCUGAGGGAUUCGGUUCCAUACUCCGGCACUGCAGGAUGCUGGAAUUUCUCGGAAUCCAAGGGAACGCAUCCCUCAGCGAUCGGCUCCACUCGCUGAAGGAGCCUCCUUUCGAGCCUCUGCUCCACCUCCGACGAGUGUCCCUCUACGGCUCUCUGAAGGCAGACACACUGGAUGCCUUCAUCUCAUUGAUGCCCAACUUGGCCUCCCUCACCUUCGGGGGAUGGUCAAGCGACACGGCAGAAGGGAUCAUGUCUUGCCUGAUGAAGCCGGGACUGGAAUCCCUGAACUUGGACUUCGAUUCCGGGAAUCUAGACCAGGACACCAAGCUCGGAAUCAUUGGUCUCGUGGAGGAGACGUCGGCGAAUCUCCGCGGACUGGGCUUAUCGGAGCUCGUGCGCAAGCUCACGUUCGUGGAAAAGCUUGCGAUCGACAGUCGCGGGGGGCUCCGCCAUCUCUCAAUCCGAGGGCCCCUUUCCCUCGAGGAUUUCCGUGUGGACAAGCUCCAUUUCAAAUGUCCCGAUUUGGAAGCUUUCUGCUGGCGAGGUGAUCUCUCUCCGUCGGGCUUGAGGUCGAGUACGGAGCUGUUCGAGGGCAUGGCUCGCCUCAAGAACCUUCGGGUCUUGGUGGUGGCGAGUCGAGGUGAGGGUCCCACCUCCGAGAGCUUCGCCUCGCUUGUCGAGACCCUGGGAGAACUCGAGGAGCUCUCCAUUGACUGUGGAAAACUCACCGACGCAGAUGGAGUCAAGAUCCACCUUUUGAAAAAGCUGCGCAGGGUGGAGUUUUCGCGAGCCACAGGAUUCACGGAUCGCACCUUCGAGAGGGGUCUUGGAUCGACCACUCUCAAGGAGAUCGCCAUAACGCACAGUUCACUGACAGAUGUUGGACUUGCGGGAAUAGUGGCUCACCACAGUCUCUUGGAAGGUCUCCACUUGGAGGGUUGCGAGCAGAUAAGCGACGAAGGGAUCACAUCGGCUCUUCAAGAGCUCCGUCUCCUCAGAGAUCUCUCGCUCGUGAUGUGUCCUAUGCUGACGGACCUAGUUCUGGAAGAGGUACAGAUCUCGUGUACGAGACUCCGCACUUUCGAAGUGUGGACUCCUUUCGAGAGUGGCCAGGCUAGGAACCGAUAG